AUGAUGGCGGGAGAGAUUCAAGAACCGCUUAACCUAAGCCUUCUGGAGAAUUCUAUCCACUCAGGAUCGAUUUCAUUUGGAAGAUUUGAGAAAGAAUCUUUAGCAUGGGAGAAGAGAUCAUCUUUCUCUCACAAUAGAUAUCUUGAAGAGGCUGAGAGGUUCUCUAAGCCUGGCUCUGUUACUCAGAUGAGAGCUCACUUCGAGGCUCAUUUUAAGAAAAAAGGAAUACAGUUUCCAACAUCUGUAGAAGCUCAAACAUGGGGACAAGUAGCUCAACAUCAUCAACAACAAACUGCUAGUGAGAAAGAUGAUAAUUUGUGGGAGAGUAUGAGUCAGUGUAGCCACUACAGCUACUACCAAGACAAAUGUGAUAAAGAAAAGAGUGAUUCUUGUGUGAGUUAUGAGUCUUAUGAUGAUGAUCACAGUUCUCUUUCUGUUGCUUUGGAGAAGACUAAAAUUGGCUGCAGUGAGAGAAGUCUAGAGGAUGAAGUAGAGCAGAUUUCUUCAACUACAUUGAAGCCUUUGAAAAGUGACAGGAAAACUAUACCUAGUUAUGCGAAAACGACCAAAGCUUCUACCAAGAAGCAUGUUGUCAUAACAAAGGGCUCUUCAAGUUGUAAUACUAAACCUAGUUUUGAUACUAAGAGAGGAAAGGAAAUGAAGCCGUCAAGGAUUGUUAAAGCCAAUGAAUCUCAAGCUCCAACAUCAAAGAAAAUUGAGAGCAUAACUCCUCUAGCGACAAACAAGUUCAGGUCCAAGAAUUGUAUGACUAAUGGUUUCAGUUUAAAAACCAAGGAACAAGUCGAAAAGAGAAAAGAGGAAAAUGUAGAAGCCAUAGUGCAAAAAUCUCUCAACUUCAAAGCAAGACCAGUGCCUAGAAGCACACAAGCUAGACCUCAACACACGUUAAUAGGACAAGAAAAGGUAAGAAAAAAUGCUCAAGAACACUCAUCUAAAGCUAGUAGUGAUCGGUCAUGCGCAAAUGGAGCAGCUAUGAGUAAGCUCAAUAUUAACAAACAGAAGGUGGAUACACAGAAGAGUCUAAGGGGAAUUAGACCAAAUAGCAGUGACCAGACCGCGAGGAAUAACGCAAACAGAAGGAGUUUAGCGGUUAGGCGUUCUGCGGUUGAGGUUGCUUUGUGA